ACCCUAAUUCAUAGCGAUCGUGUGUACUAAAAAGUAGCAGUGCCGCUAAACAAAAGAUUCAAGUUGCGAACCCGGUAAAGGAAAAUUGCGAAAAAACGUCGAAAUUGAAAAAGAAUUCAUUGGAAAAAAAUAUUAUAUAUACUUUCGGUGUAAUUUAUCAGCUGUUGCAGCAAUAAAACGAAAUAUUUUUAAAGAAAUUCAUAGCGUGCGACUAGUGAAAAAUAUACUUUACAAAGUGUAGUGCAGAACUGACAACAAGCUCUUCAGCUUCAGAUAUCAAAGGAUAAUACGCGAGGAUAUUAUAUUUUGCAACCACAAAAUAUUUCAAACUUUUACUGUGUUUUCUCAGCGUUUUAACCAGUUUCUCUUCAGUAAAAACAAUUUUAUCCAUAAACUAAAUAAUCGGGAAAAAGUAUGUCGCUGAAAUCAUUGCUGUUUAUUAGCUCUACAAUCGCCGUGAUCGCCUGUGUUUGCGCGCAACUCGCUCCCGGCUCAAAUAUGUACCUGCCACCCAAGCCAAAUGGCUACAACUACCCAGAGCCCAAGAAUCCACUGCGACCUGGAACCCCAACCGGUCCUGGACCACGACCACCAGGCCCACAGCGCCCACCAGGCCCACAGCGCCCAUCGCAACCUGGACCCGGCGAGCCUGGUCACGUUCACGUCCCCGGCAUGCCAUUCGACUUCGAGUACGCCGUCAAUGAUGUUGAGACCGCCAACGAUUAUGCCCACAAAGCUUCGAGCAAUGGUGAUGUAGUGACCGGUGAAUAUCGCGUUGCAUUACCCGAUGGUCGCACACAGAUCGUACGCUAUACCGCCGACUGGAAGACUGGCUAUCACGCGGAUGUCAGCUACGAGGGUGAGCCACAAUUUCCGCAGGGUCCCGGCGGCCGGCCCGGCUACAAAUACUAAGGGAGUACACGCUAAAUGAUGUUGGAGCGCCUGAAGCACACUCUUGCACGCACGCACACAAACAAACACUCACUCACAUGCUCACACGCCAACACACCCACACUUAACUGCAAUUAAUGCUACAGCAACUGCCACAACAAAAAUAAACUACUACUGCCCCACAUGAAGAUAAGACAACGAUAAGGCAAUGAAAUUAAAUUUUUGUUUGGAGAACGAGAAAUUCCGGAUGUGUAAAUUUUUGUUUUGUUUAAAUCCAUCGAAUUUUUAUUAUUAGUAUAAUUUUUAAUGAUUUUUUAGUAUUGAAAUUUUUUAUAUGUAUUUUUAACUAAUAUAUACAGAGUAGUUCUCAUAUAUUUUUCGAAAAAUAUGAAAAAUAAUAAUAUUCAUUUUAACUUUUUUGUAUGCAGUAUUUCAAAUGUUCAAACUCUUUACGAAUAAAUAAAAAGAUAUAAAAU